AUGGUUGGCUCUCUCCAAGUGAAGUAUUGGGCCACAUGGCUCGAUGACCGAAUUCCGGGCGGGCAUGGAGCGGAUAUGGAGGAGGAUGAGAAGGAUGGAGAGGUGCUAGUGGUGAUGCGGGUAAGAGUGGAUGGGAAGCAUCUGAGAGUGGUGGGCUCGAGCCACGUGAUUGGUCUGAAUCGGACUGUCACGCUGAAUGAGAUCGGAGGGUCCAGAGGAGCCGCACGUCCACGGCAAGGCAUGGACUUUGUCUUUGCUGUUGUGCCGCAUAAAUGA